AGCGGCGAUUGGUCGCUAGCGCCGAGCCAAUCGGCGAGAGCCUUGUUAGGUCGGAUCCGGGCCGGUCUUGAGGCAAAAGGAGGCAAGAUGGUUCUGGAGAGCACCAUGGUGUGCAUUGACAACAGCGAGUACAUGAGAAAUGGAGACUUCUUACCCACUCGCCUGCAAGCCCAGCAAGAUGCUGUCAACAUCGUGUGCCACUCGAAAACCCGCAGUAACCCUGAGAACAACGUGGGGCUCAUCACUUUAGCCAAUAACUGUGAAGUGUUGACCACGCUCACUCCAGACACAGGCCGGAUCCUUUCAAAGCUACACACAGUGCAACCCAAAGGGAAAAUCACCUUUUGCACAGGGAUCAGAGUUGCUCAUCUGGCUUUGAAACAUCGCCAAGGCAAGAACCACAAGAUGCGAAUCAUCGCUUUCGUUGGGAGCCCUGUAGAAGAUAACGAGAAAGACCUGGUGAAACUGGCAAAGCGUCUUAAGAAAGAGAAAGUCAACGUUGAUAUCAUCAAUUUCGGAGAAGAGGAAGCCAACACGGACAAGCUGACAGCCUUCAUUAACACCUUAAACGGCAAAGAUGGCACCGGCUCCCACCUGGUGACGGUGCCGCCGGGGCCGAGCCUGGCCGAUGCCCUCAUCAGCUCCCCGAUCCUGGCUGGGGAGGGGGGUGCCAUGCUGGGCCUUGGUGCCAGCGACUUCGAGUUCGGCGUGGACCCCAGCGCAGACCCGGAGCUGGCUCUGGCUCUGCGCGUCUCCAUGGAGGAGCAGAGGCAGCGGCAAGAGGAGGAGGCCAGGAGGGCUGCAGCUGCCUCUGCGGCUGAGGCUGGGAUUGCUGCCGCUGGUGGGGACGAUUCGGAUGAUGCUCUGCUGAAGAUGACGAUAACUCAGCAGGAGUUUGGCCGGGCCGGGCUGCCCGACCUCAGCAGCAUGACGGAGGAGGAGCAGAUCGCCUAUGCCAUGCAGAUGUCGCUGCAGGGAGCAGAGUUUGCCCAGGCGGAGGCAGCCGAAGUGGACAGCAGCACGGCCAUGGAUACCUCCGAACCCACCAAGGAGGAAGACGACUACGAUGUGAUGCAGGACCCCGAGUUCCUGCAGAGCGUGCUGGAGAACCUGCCGGGCGUGGACCCCAACAACGAGGCCAUCCGCAACGCCAUGGGCUCGCUGGCCUCGCAGGCCUCCAAGGAGAGCAAGGACAAAAAGGAGGAGGAGAAGAAGUGAGG